AUUCCAAACACCCACAAAAGUAUAUUCCAAAUGGGUGAGGGUAGUUCAAAACAUGGCAGACGCAUAGUGGGUCCUUUACUCCUCUGAAUCUGAAGGUAGUCGAAACUCACCUACAGUUAGGCAGGAUACGGUGUUGAUAGGAGAGAAAAACACCGAGUACAUCCUUCCCUUUUUUCCGAAUCACCUUUUCCCGCACAUCAUUUGCCUGGUUAUUGAAAACCCUAGUGCUAACCAUAAAAAGUUCAGGCAAAUUAGAGGUAUGAGCAGAGAGACACCGCCUGAGCCACUUAAUUUCUUCAUUUGGACAGUUGAGGAUGUUGGCCUGUGGUUGGAAGAAAUUAAUCUCGGUAACUAUAGGCAAAGUUUCAAAGAAAAUGGUGUUAAUGGGGAGUACCUGGAAGGGUUGUCAAUGUUCUCAACUGAACAGAUCCUACGGUUUAUAAGAAGAUGCCACAUGAAAUGGGGAGAUUUCAUAACAUUAUGUAAGGAGCUUAGGAGAAUUAAAGUGGCUUGCUUAAAGGGUGAACAGAAAGUACACAGUCCGUGGUGGGCUCCAUCAUGCAUCUCUGUAGUCUUUGUCAAGGCGGCCAAGCGUAACAGGCAGUCAAGAGUUGUUUCAUUGAAACUUGAAUCUUGACAUUUGGAGGAUUUUCAUAACAGCCGCUUGUAUACAUCUUUUAUGUUUUUUUGGUGUUGAUGGAUGGUUGGAUGCUAUGCCUUUUUAGUUGCCUUUCUCUUCUUUUGAUGUAUACUUCCUUUGUUAAUGCUGUUGGUAUUUGUUUGUAUUGUGAUUCUAGUGGGGAGAACUUCCUCUCUUAUCAUUCUUACGGAGUAUUAUGUAUAAUCUAUACAUAUUGUAGGUUUUCAAACUCUCCUUGUAACAAAGGUGUGAUGAGAUCAACCUCAUACAAGUUAGAAGUUACAGUUACACACUCCACUUUUCACUGAAAUUGCACUCCUUAAACUUCCC